UUUUUACCAGUUUUUUUUUUUUUUUUUUUUUUUUUGUGAAUAGUUUUGGGGUGUUGAGUAGUUAUGUCGCAGAGAAGUGUUCCGGCUCCUUUUUUGACGAAGACGUAUCAUUUGGUGGACGAUCGGAGCAGCGAUGAUGUGAUUUCUUGGAAUGAAAGUGGUACAACGUUCGUGGUCUGGAAAACUGCUGAAUUUGCUAAGGAUUUGUUGCCUAAUUACUUUAAACACAACAAUUUCUCCAGCUUUGUUCGCCAGCUUAAUACUUAUGGCUUUCGAAAGAUCGUUCCAGACAAAUGGGAAUUCGCCAAUGAAAACUUCAAGCGUGAUCAGAAGGAACUCCUGAUUGAAAUUCGUCGACGAAAAACGGUACCUUCACAAAAUCCAGCAGGGGAAAAGAAUGUGGCAGCCGAUAGCCGAGCCUUGCCAGAGAACUCUGGGGAUGACCUUGGCUCAAGUUCGACCUCAUCUCCCGACUCAAAAAAUCCAGGGUCAUUAGAAACACAAACAUCAGCACAACUUGCAGACCUAUCAGAUGAAAACGAAAAAUUGAAGAAAAACAAUCAUAUGCUAUCUUCGGAGCUGGCUCAAACCAAGAAACAAUGCGACGAACUCAUUGCCUUCUUGACUCAAUGUGUGAAGGUGGCGCCAGAGCAAAUCAACCGGAUCAUGAACGGUAGUGCCCCUAUUAUUGACGAAGCUGGUCCAUGCAGCAGGGGCAUGAGUGAUGGGAAUACUGAUAUUGACGAUGACGAAAAUGUAGAGUGUUUGAAAUUGUUUGGAGUGAUGGUGAAGAAGAAGAGGGGUCGUGAUGAGAAUCCUGAUUUCUCUGAGGUACAUAAAAAAGAGAUGAAAAGAACUGUUGAGGUUGAUGCGCCUUGGAUGAAGAUUUCAGCGUCUUCCGGGGAGAAUAGCAAGGUUUAUAAUUGACCAUCUAUUGUGUACCAAGCUUUCGUGAAUAGUAAAGAAAACAAUAAUACUCAUAUGGCACACUAUGCAGUCUCAAAAGGAAAUUGAAGAUACGUAGAGAAACUUUUGAAACCGUAAAGUUGGGUUGUUGUAAGGUCAUCACUCAUCAGAAUGGAGUUAGGAUUGGUAAUUUAGUGCAGCUUAGCCGGCUUAUUUGAGUGGGAAAAUCAAAAGCAAAUUGGUUUCCCAACUUAUUUCAUAUUUAUACGUUGUGUAUGAUCUUGCACUCUUGUAAACCAAAAGCUUAGGGUUUUGCAAUUUGCAAUUAAACUAUGAAAUGUUAAAUAAUAAAAGAGCUCAUAAAUAAUUGUAAUGA